AUGAUUUUCCGGUCGCUUUUCGUUUGCUGUUAUUGUUUUAAACUUUUCUCUUUACUCUUUUUUACCUUUCUUUAUCAGUAAGUAAUUGAUUGCAAUUGCAAUACAUACGAGGGUAUCCAAAGCCCAUAACUUUUAAUUUAGUCUCGUAUUGAAUUACAUAUGUAAUUUUUAUUAUUAAACAGCCCAUUGCUAUUUUACGUGGACUCUUUGCUUUUCUCCCUUUUUUUUUUUUACCCAAUAUUCAUGAAGAAAAUCAGCAAACUGGCGCGAAGGCAAGAUGAAAAUGCAGAAAAGCCGCAAAAGGAAGCAGCUUGGGAUCGAUGGCCACUCCAAAACACCCAAAAUAACGACCGAGGAGCCAUACCCAUCUCACCAUAGACCCACCCCUGACGAAUGCAGAUCCGUAAGAGACGAGCUCUUGGCUCUCCAUGGUUUCCCUGCAGAGUUCCUCAAGUACCGCCAUCAGAGGCUCAUCAAAACCGAGCCCACCAUCGACGCCAAAUCAGAGCCUUUGGAUAACAAUUAUGAUGAUGGGGAAGAGAGUGUGUUGGAUGGUCUGGUGAAAACUGUGCUCUCUCAGAAUACUACUGAGCUCAAUUCCCAAAAGGCUUUUGCUUCUCUAAAGUCUGCUUUUCCCACCUGGGAAGAUGUACUUGCUGCUGAGUCAAAAAAUCUAGAAAAUGCAAUAAGAUGCGGAGGUCUAGCACCAAGGAAGGCCUCUUGUAUUAAGAAUGUGUUGAGGUGUCUGCAUGAAAGAAAGGGCAAACUAUGCUUUGAGUAUUUACGAGAUUUGUCAAUUGAUGAAAUCAAGGCUGAGCUCUCCAAUUUUAAAGGGGUUGGCCCUAAGACGGUGGCUUGUGUUUUGAUGUUCAAUCUUCAGCAAGAUGAUUUCCCAGUGGACACACAUGUGUUUGAGAUUGCAAGGGCCAUUGGUUGGGUCCCAGCUACAGCGGACAGGAAUAAGACAUACCUUCAUCUGAACCGAAGGAUCCCAAAUAAACUUAAGUUUGAUCUGAACUGCCUUCUGUAUACGCAUGGUAAGCUUUGCCGCAAAUGCACAAUGAAAGGUAGUAGCCAGCAAAAAUCGGCACGCAAUGAUGAUUCAUGUCCACUAUGUACUUACUGCAAGAACUCUAGCGUGAACAAAAUCCAGUAAUCUUUGUGCUCCAAUUCAAUCCUUAUUUAACGUCACUUUGUUUCUCUUUUGUGCUCUUUCUUAAUUAUUUGGUUUUGAGAAUUUGGACCACAGGAUUAGAAAGAAAAUUUCAUGAACAAGUUGCACAUAUUGACAGCAAAUAAGAUGAGUACUAACAAUCACUAUAAAGGAGACAUGAUUUGGCCAUCAGGACAAAUGCAGUGCCUUAGUGCAUAUGAGUUCUUUCCAAAGCAACAAAUGAAAUUUGUAGUACUUUGUGAAGGAAAAGAAGAGUGGGAUGCGAACACAAUCCAAUAGUUUAUACUUGUCCCAGAGGGUUGAAAGUGUAUUCCCUAAUAAUCAGAUUCCGAACUUUAGUUUACCUAUAAAGUAUGAGUCGCAAAUGACAACAUUGCUAUAAAGUUUCCUUAUUUGUAUAGAAUUUGGUGUUUGCACGAUUUAAAAAGAUAUGACCAGAUCUUCUUUGUUA